GAAUCAAAUGCGGGGUCUGAGCUCUGAAGUUCUUCCGGAGAGGAAGUAAGGUCUUAUCACUCCUUGCCACCUGAACACAUUUACGGGUUUCUUAAAAACAAAUAUGGAUGAUGAUCGAAUCUCAUACCUUCCUCCUUUUAUCAUUCAUCAAAUGAUGUCUCACCUCUUCAGAAAACAGGUAGCUCAAACAAGUGUUUUAUCAAAGAGAUGGAAUCACUUGCGGGCAUCGUUCCCUAUCUUUAAUUUCGAUGAAACUGACUUGUUUAAAACAGACUCGGACAUGAGGUUGGCAAGUGAAGAAGAGUUUUGUGAACGUAUAGAGAAUUUUAUGAAAUUCAUUGAUGUUUCCCUGCUUCGAUUUUGUGAGCAUAAGGUUUCUAUGCAGGCAUUUAGGUUACUUAUAAGUCUUGCUGAUGUUGAAGGAUUGCCUUGUUCUUUUGAAAAUUGGAUAAGAUUGGCAGUAGAGAACGAUGUGAAGGAGUUAGAUAUUACUAUAAAAACAGAUGAAAAUAAGUUGUACAUACUGCCUCAGAUAAUCUUUUUUGCCAAAUUGUUAACUACUUUAAAGCUAAAUGGCUUUAAGUUGGAGAAGCCACCUGAUACAAUAAGGUUCUGUUUUCUCAAAAAACUAAAACUAGUUAGAGUCCACAUAAGUGAACCAAUGGUCCAGAAGAUUACUAGUGACUGUGUUUUGCUUGAAGAAUUAUAUUUUCUCCACUGUUGGGGUUUGAAAUGUGUUUACAUUUGUAAACCUGAUGGGCUCAAGAUUUUGCAUAUUCAAAUAGCCCCCAAUGAACAUGAAAGAGUUAAAAUUGAUAUUCUAGGUCUUCAACAAUGUGAUCUUAUGUUGUACCAAAGGUCAUGUGAGAUUGACAUGAAUGGGUGUUCACAAUUGAAAGAUUUACGUCUUGGAUGUUGUAUUUUUCGUGAUAGAGAGUUUCAUUACUUUCUCUCAAAAUUUCCCUUGCUGGAGAAUCUUAGCAUGCAAACAUGUCAUUACAUUGAAAGGAUUAAAUUUUCAAGUGAUCGACUUAAAAAUUUAAGUAUCGGUAACUGCAGUUAUUUGGAGGCAAUUGAUGUUGAUACUCCAAAUUUACUUUCCUUUGUUUACCAAAAUGAUACACUUCCUAUAUCAUCAAUGAAUGCUCCAUGUCCAUGGAUGGUUAGAUUGGUGAUUGAAGGUGAUCUUGACACUACUUGGUGUCUUAAGUUGAAGAAAUUUCUAGCAGCUUCUACAGAGAUUAAAGAAUUAACUUUAUAUUGCACAUCGAAUAAGGUUUUGUUUGAUUUGGAAGAAUUCCGAAGGGUUUCACCUUCACCACCCUAUAAAGUUUGUUAUGUGUCUUUAUUUCCAACAAUAUUACCAUCAGAUUAUGAAACUCUGUUGGAUGCUCUCCUUUGGAUUUGCUAUCCCAAGUGUUUGAGUGUAGAAGCAUGGGACAAGAAGGAUCACAUCAACCUCAUUGAGUCAAUUUAUGUGAUAUUGACGAAUAGGGAUUUGAACUGUUGCAAUUCUUGUGAUUUCAAGUGUUGGCGUCAUUACUUAAAAGAUGUAAAGAUCGAAAGUUUCUUACCAUUGGUUGAUCCAAAUCCUAUAAUUAUAGACAAUUUGAUGGAUGUGUUGCCAAACCUUCCACCAGGAAGUCUCCGACUUCAUCUAGAUUGGUGUUUUUCUGGAGUUGAUAAGAUGAUUUAA